AUGAUAACAUCAAUGUAUUUUAAUGAUAUUAAAGAUUUUAUUAAUUUAGAAAUAGGAAUUAAAAGAUUUCAAGGAAAUAUUGAACGAUUUCAUUUUAAUCCAAUUCAAUUUAAAUCAUUAUUCAAGAAUCCACAAAAAAAAGAAAUAAGAGAAAAGAAUAUAACAAGAAGUCAAAAAUGA